AUGCCAGCUGUGAAUGAGGGGGAUCACUCCCAAGUAUCAUACCCUAAUGACUCAGAUGAAGACAUUUACAAUGAAAUUGAUGUCAGGGCUAUGAUUGGUGAGGAUAAUGAUGACGAUAAUGAAGAACAAAUAAUCUUUUCAGAAAAUGACGAGGAUGAUGACGAAGAUGAUGUGGAUCCCGAAGACAUUGAUCUUGCUGCUGAAUUUUCAGAUGAUGAUGGUAACUUGUCUUAUGAAGAAGACACUGAAGAAGCUUUCAUGGAUGCUGUUAGAGAAGCCAACAAUUUUCGAAAGAAGAAAAGAGGUGAUAAAAAGAGACCACGAGCUAGACCACAAAGAGAGUUAGACCCUGAAGUUGUUAUGCUGCUAUCCAGUGCUAAUGAGAUGUUUGUCGGUAGUGAUUAUGAUGCAGCAGAAAAAAUAUAUCAGGAGGUUAUAAAAAAGGACCCAAGAAACUUUUCAGCAUACAAGAGUUUGGGUGAAAUUUAUUAUCGUCAAAAUAGGUUGAAUAAAAGUUGUAACGCUUGGUUCUUAGCUGCACACUUGAACCCUUUGGAUGGUGACUACUGGGCAUUUGUUGCAAGAACAAGUAGGGACCUUGGGCACACAACUCAAGCUAUUUAUUGUUAUGGAAGAGCCAUCAGUGCUAAGAACAGAUCAUUUGACGUCUUUCUACAGCGAUCGAUACUUUAUAGAGAAACUGGUCAAUUAGGAAGAGCGCUUGAAGGGCUUCAAAAAUUGCAAAAACUUCAUCCUUCUAAAUCAUCAGUUGUUCGUGAACUUGCUCUCAUCUACAUUCAAUUGAACAGAGUUAAUGAUGCUAUCGCAAUGUACUUGAUGAUAUUUGAAAAAAAUGUUACAAAAAGAAUCAGAGAUGAAUCCAAUGAAGAUGAUUCUUUUGACGAUUCUGAAGAUGAAGCUGACUCCAAGUCUCGUGGAUUUCCAGUUUUUGAUUGGUCCUCACUAAAUAUCCUUGCUGAAUUGUUUGUGAAGCAAAAAAACUAUGCAAUAGCAAUUAGAACAAUCAAGCAUGCUGCUCGUUGGAUUCAAGGAAGAGAAGAUGAAGAAUUUUGGGAAGAUGUUACCGAUGACUCUGAGUUCGAUGAAAGAAGAUAUGAAAACGCAAAAUUUGAAGCUUUAGCUGAUGUUCUGAAAACAAGAUCUCAUAAGUUACCUAUUGAUAUAAGAGUGAAACUUGCAUCUUUGAGAUUAAGCUUAAACCACGUUGAUGAAGCAUUGAUUCAUUUUGGUUUCUUACUUAAUGAGGAUAUCACUGAGAUGGCUGAUUUGUUUUCUGAUGCAGGUACUAAGUUGGAAGGUGCUCAACUAUUUAGUGAUGCUGUUAAAUUUUAUGUACCGCUAAGCAGACUAGAAGAUUUCCAUAUACCUGAACUUUUCACUUCAUUGGGGAGGUGCUUUACUGAGCUUGGUAAAUACCAAGAUGCUAAGGAAUAUUAUAACAUUGCCUUGGAGAUGGAUCCAGGUAACAUGGACAUCCAACUAGCCUUAGUUGAGGUAUUAUAUUAUUUGGAAGAAGUUGAAGAAUCUCAAAGUUUAUUAGAGUCUAUUACAAGCAGAAGGAAGGAAUCUGGAAAAGCAGUUACGGAAGAACACAAUCUGUCCGAUGUUACAAAACAACAAAUAGCAGAACCAGUCCAAGAUGCAGAUGACCAAGCGUUGAUUCAAAAUAAAAUAAACAAACCACCAAAAAGGGGGUAUAGACUUACUGAAGCUGAGAAGCAAGAAAGAGAUAAUAAACUGAAACAAAAUGUCAUUGAGAAGUAUCAAAGAUUAAAAAGACUUCAUCAAGGAUUGGAAUCCGGUGAUAAUGUUGCUGCUACCACUUGGAUUCAGUUAGCUUCAGAGUUGAUUGAAAUCUUCUCUAAUGUCAAAAAUUUCUUCCCAAAAGAUAGAUCUAGGCAAUUUAAAGGUAUCAUUACAAGAACAAGAAACUUACAGAUGGACAUUGACUCUAAACUUGAGAGAAUUUCUCAGCUAUAUGAAGGAUUUACCUCCAAAGUUGAAGAAAAGUUGGUGUUAACAUCUAAAGAGGAGUUUAGAGGGUUGAAGUAUGACCAAUGGUUUGAACUAUUUAUGGAAUAUGCACUUGCAGUGGCUAGAUACGAAAAUCCAAAUGACGCUAAUAGUAUAAUUGAUAGUGCUAAGAAUGUCAAUGUGUUCUACCAGAACAAAGAUCGUGAUGAAGUAAUGAACUUGGUCAAACUAGCUAUAUCUAUAAGGACACAAGAUCAUAAAGAUAUGCUUCUAUCACUAAGAGUCAUAUUGAACAGUUUCCAAUUCAACAAAAAGGUUCUCAAGUUGUUUUUGCUGUGUCAACCAUCAGGUAAGGCAUGCACAGAAAACUUUAUUUCAAUUAAUCAUCAAAAGUAUUUCUUAAGACAAGUCAAAGCUUAUGACUCGUUGAACCAAAAAAGAUCAAUCACAGGUAUGGCAAACAUCACCAACAAGGAAGUUGAAGUGAAUGGAAGUGAUAAUACUUAUUUGAUGUACAUUUAUGCUUGUUUGCUUUUCACAAAUCGAAGUUAUGUUCCAAGUCUUGUCUACUUCACCAGAAUCUACAAAAGCUAUAAAAAUGAACCAAUGAUUUGUUUAUUAGCCGGUCUAGCUCAUGUCCAUAGAUCAAUGCAAAGAUCUUCAACAAACCGUCAUCUUGAGCUCCUUCAAGGAUUAAAAUAUGUCAUGGAAUACUUUGAGCUACGUACAUCAUCAAAGUUUGGUCCUUUGGAGCAUCAAGAAGCUCUAUAUAAUUUAGGGAGAGUUUACCAUUUAUUGGGUCUUUUUUCAAUUGCUGUUGAGUAUUAUAAUAAGGUAUUGGAGGAAUUUGAUGACUUGGACGCGGAAAAUGACUUGAAGAGACAGACCGCUUAUAACUUGAUAUUGAUUUACAACAGCAGUGGAAAUACCAAGCUGUCAAACAAGAUUAUGGAGGAAUAUUUAACUAUUUGA